CUGAAACACGGGUAAGAGUCCAGACAAGUUGGGUACUGGGAAAAGGAGCUUCAGAAAGGGCACAGAUGCUGUGCAGAGGAAAAGGAGUUGGCCUGUCGGGGGAUAGGAAAGAGGCUAGAGUGAGGGGAGCACAGCAAGUGACCAGUGGGAGAAGAGUACCAGGGGAAUGGGAAGGUCAGCGGGGGCCAGUCACAGUUCUAUUUGGGUUCUAUUUGGAUUUCAGGUAGUUGGAUUUUAUUUUGAAGCAAUUGCAUUUUAAGCAAGAGAAGGAUGAGAUCUUACUUCCCUUUCAAAAACAAAAAAAUCAAUCAUUGGCUGCUUUGUAAAGUGUGUUGUGGGAGGAAACCGGGAAGCUAAGGAGACCAGAUAUUAGACCAGAAAACUGAUAAUGGGGGCUUGGACUAGGGUGGUGGUCUUAGAAAUUGAAGGAAGUGGAUCAAUAGGAGCAUGUUUUUGGCUUGGGGUUUUUUUGGUUUGUUCAGUUUUUGUUUUUUCUUUUAAUAGAACCUGUAGGAUGAGCUGAUGGAUGGAAUAUAGGGGUAGAAGAAAGGGCACACUAACUCCUGGGCUUUGACUUUCCUAACUGGAGGGAGUGUGGUACCACUUAACAUUAGCUGAGGGAAGAUCAGGUUGAAGGGGCUGUUUUAAAAAUUUGCAGUACCUAUUUAAAUAUUAGUGGAGGUGUCGGUGUUUGGAUUUGUGAAUCUUUGAGCCAUGUCACGGGUGUAGGGACCUGGGUACAGGCCAAGGAGGCUUUGGUGAGGAGAAUGGGGAAAGAUUCGAGGAUCCUCAGUAGUGUUAGGGUUGGUAGAUCUUGGGGUUGGUAGAUCUUGAAAUUCCCUGAAGCUUUCCAUGCCAUAGGCCCCACGUGCAUUAUCCAAGCUCAUGCCCCCUCGCUGGUAUCGGUUAGUGUCCAGUGGAGCCCAGGAUGUACCUGUCUUUUCCUCUGGGCCUGGUUCCUUCUUGACUCCAAGCAUCUUUCUCAAUCUUCUCACUCUUGCUUUUCCAGUUUAGCAAGAAUUAGGAAGAGGUAUCAGACCAGCCCUGUCUCCCUUCGUCAGAUGCAUCUUCGCUCAGGUGUCCGUGACUCAGUUUCCCUGGUCACCUUUUGAGUUUCUUGCCAUUCUCACCCAGGUACUGAUGAUAUGCAUAUGAAAAUGAAUGACUAGAUAUAAUUACAGGCUGAAUCAGUAGCUACCCUAGAAAUAGAACCCAGGCGUCUUCACUCAGAAGCCCAGAGUUCUCCCUACCGCCCAGCAGACGCUGCGUCGUCCGCCCCGCGGCCCGGGCACUUCCUGGGUAUUCGCAGCAAUAACAGAGGCUGAGGUCCUCUGCAGACCCCGCGCGUUUCCUCGCCGAGCUGGAUACGGCGUGGGCGGGGCGAGGGCGGAUCCGAGCCAGGUCAGGGGUGGGGCUCCGUCGUGGGCCGGGCCUUCUCGAGUUCCGGAGUCGAGUCGCUGGCAGCCUCCACCGGAGCGGGGAUGCAGCCACCGCCCCGAAAAGUGAAGCCAGCCCAGGAGGUGAAGCUUCGCUUCCUGGAGCAGCUGAGCAUUCUUCAGGCUCGGCAGCAAAAGGAGGCGGAUCUGCUGGAGGACAUCAGAUCCUACAGCAAGCAGAGGGCAGCCAUUGAACGGGAGUAUGGACAGGCACUCCAGAAGCUGGCUGGGCCAUUCCUGAAGAGGGAAGGGCAGCGGAGCGGGGAGAUGGACAGCAGACCUUCUCUGGGGAGGGACAGGACAGUGUUUGCUGCCUGGCGCUGCCUGCUGGAUGCCACUGUGGCAGGAGGCCAAACUCGGCUCCAGGUGUCUGACCGAUUCCGUGACCUAGCAGGGGGCACAGGGCGGAGUGCCAAGGAGCAGGUGCUUAGAAAGGGAACAGAGAGCCUCCAGAAGGCGCAGGCUGAGGUGCUGCAGUCUGUCCGGGAGCUGAGCCGAAGUCGGAAGCUAUACGGGCAGCGGCAGCGUGUGUGGGCCUUGGCACAGGAGAAAGCAGCUGAUGUCCAGGCCAGGCUGAAUCGAAGCGACCAUGGGAUCUUUCACUCUAGGACCAGUCUCCAGAAACUGAGCACCAAGCUAUCUGCCCAGUCAACCCAGUACUCCCAGCAGCUGAGAGCAGCCCGCAAUGAAUACCUGCUCAACUUGGUAGCCACGAACGCCCACCUUGACCACUACUACAAGGAGGAACUGCCAGCUUUGCUCAAAGACCUGGUCAGUGAGCUGCUGGAACACUUGAGGGACCCCCUGACCUUACUGAGCUGCACUGAGCUGGAAGCUGCAGAGAUGGUCCUGGAGCAUGCCCACCAUGGGGGGCAGGCCAUCUCCCAGGUAAACUGGGAGCACGAUGUGAAGCUAUUUCUUCAGGAGCCUGAAGUGUUUUCCUCUACCCCACCUCAGCAGUUUCAGCCAGCUGGGGCUGAUCAGGUGUGUGUGCUGGAAGGGAGAGCAGAAGACACAGCUGGGGGAAGUAGCCUAGAGAAAGAGAUCCAGCGCUGGUCGAGCCGAGCUGCCCGGGACUACAAGAUCCAGCACCAUGGACAUCGGGUGCUGCAGCGUCUAGAGCAGAGGCGCCAGCAGGCUCCAGGGCGUGAGGCUCCAGGAAUAGAGCAACGGCUACAGGAAGUGAGGGACAGCAUCCGGCGAGCACAGGUGAGCCAGGUGAAGGGGGCUGCCAGGCUGGCCCUGCUGCAGGGGGCUGGCCUGGAUGUGCAGCACUGGCUGAAGCCAGCCAUGACCCAGGCCCAGGAUGAGGUGGAACAGGAACGACAGCUUAGUGAGGCUCGGCUGUCCCAGAGGGACCUCUCUCCUACGGCUGAGGAUGCUGAGCUUUCUGACUUCGAUGAAUGUGAGGAGACAGGGGAGCUCUUUGAAGAGCCUGCCCCACCAGCCCUAGCCACCAGGCCCCUCCCCUGCCCUGCACAUGUGGUGUUUGGCUAUCAGGCAGGCCAUGAGGAUGAGUUGACCAUCAUGGAGGGUGAGUGGCUGGAGGUCAUAGAGGAGGGAGAUGCUGAUGAAUGGGUCAAGGCUCGGAACCAGCAUGGUGAAGUAGGCUUUGUCCCUGAGCGGUAUCUGAACUUCCCGGAUCUCUCCCUUCCUGAGAGCAGCCAUGACAGUGACCAUCCCUCAGGGGCAGAGCCCACAGCAUUCCUGGCCCGAGCCCUGUACAGCUACACUGGCCAAAGUGAAGAAGAGCUGAGCUUCCCUGAGGGUGCGCUCAUCCGCCUGCUGCCUCGGGUCCAGGAUGGAGUAGAUGAUGGCUUCUGGCGGGGAGAAUUUGGGGGCCAUGUUGGGGUCUUCCCUUCCCUGCUUGUGGAGGAGCUACUUGGCCCUCCUGGCUCCUCUGAACUCUCUGACCCUGAACAGAUGCUGCCAUCUCCUUCGCCUCCCAGCUUCUCCCCUCCUGUACCCACCACUGCCUUGGAUGGACCUCCUGUACCUGUCUUGCUUGGGGACAAAGUCUUGGACUCCCCUGGACCCCUGGACAUGAUAGCACCUCGACUCAGACCGGUGCGGCCACCACCUCCCCCACCGGCUAAAGCCCCAGACCCUGGCCAUCCAGAUUCUCUCACCUGACAGCCAUGGGGUUCACUGCCCCCCCAGUGAUGCUGCUGCCCCUCCCUAUCUCCAUGCUUUCAGACUACCCCCUCAAUGAUCUGGAGCGACACAGCCAGAAGCUGGAAUCUCCACCAUGUCUACUCUCACUUCCAGGGAUAGAAGUUUCUCCUUUCCCCUUAUUGGGCCAGAAUCCACUCCUUUUCCCCAUUGUCCUACUGCCAUUUUUAGGGCUGGAACUAUCCCUGUCUUCUGCCAUCACCCUGUCUCUAGGGUGGUGAAAUACCCCCAAAUCUCUGGAGCUGGAACCCUCCUUCCAAAGUCUUGAAUGGCUCUGGCCCACCUCUGUCUCCACUUUGGCUGUGUGGCCCACCCCACUCUGGAUGCCAGGGUAACUGGGGUUGGGUCCAGAAAAGGAGCAGCCUUGGGAGUCACACGGAGCUGGAGCCAGUAUGCAGAGCAGCUGUAAUGGUCUGAGCGGAUUUAUUGACAGUGAAUAAAGGGCACGAAGGCCAAGUCAGGGCCUGGACCUCUUGUGCCAAGAGAG